AAAACCUUCAGCAAAUUCAGUUGCCCAAUGUAGUGCCCACAAAGGAGAUGUAGCGGUUUGCGAUAAUAGAUCGUGCUGCAAUGAAGAAAACAACUGCCAUUGGUCUUUUAUGUUUCCUGUUACUGCAAUUUUUGCGAACAACAAGUUCCAAAGGCGUAAACGUUGCUUACCAAAGACCGGUACAAACCAAUCUGAGAAGUCGUCAUUCUCACGGCAGCGCCCAUGAAGCAGUGGAUGAUGAUAAAUACGGGACAAAAACCUGCUUUGAAAAUUUAAACAAGUUCAAAACCCCUUGGUUGCAAAUUGACUUGGGAAAGCAUCUAUGGGUGGAAAAAGUUAGCAUUAAGAGUAGAAUGAAACUUUCAAACAUCGACAUCAGAAUAGGAAAUAUUGAAGCUGAUCUUACGGCCAACCCAUUGUGUCGCAAAAGUCUUCGCAUCCCGGAAUUCACGUCCAUCUCAUUUAGCUGUGCUGAGCCAAUGCUGGGAAGAUAUGUUUAUAUUGCAGCAAAAGAGUACUUCCAACUAUGUGACGUACAGGUCUUUCUGAAUCCUGAUGCUAUAGACACAAACAUAAAGUACCUUGUUAACCACAAUCGGGACGAUAAAGGGAUGCUGGAGAAAGGAAAAUAUCGCUUUAAAGAUUAUUCGCCAGACAAGGUUUCCGCUGAGAUCGAUUUGACAAAUCCUCGUCGCACAGUAACAGUGGCUAGGAAAGACCUUGUCAUCGACCUUCCACCAAAAGCAGAGAGCCUCACUUUCAACACUGCCGUACUGAUCCCUGUGAAGCGCAGUACAGACAGCAGUAAUGAUAAAUGUGAAUCAAAGGGAGACAAAAGUGAACAAAAGUACAUUAAUGGAGCUGUUAGCAAGGAUCAGGAGAACGGAGUGGUCACGAUCAAAGCUCGCUACACAACUCUGUUAGAAAAGGAGAGAGAACAUAUUUUCCGAUGUAGCAAAAGUGAUGUGCGCAUGAAAGGUGACAUUUGUCAAUUGCAAAACAAAUGCGGUGACUUAAAGGAGUCAAAAUGUGACACGAAAUUCAUAAGUCCUUUGUUUCCUCCUGGCUCUUACUACUGCAAGUGUAAUCCUGGUUUUGCAUCAUCGAGUUCUACAAAACUUCCCAUUGAGAACUAUGUAUUACCUGGAGAGAAAUGCAUUAAAGCACGGCCACCACAGAUAUGGCAUAGCAAUCAGAAUCUUGCCUUACUGAAAAAAGCGAUCGCGUCCUCAACCGACAAUUUUGAGGGUUGUAAAAAGGACAACUGUAAAGAGAAAGAGGCUUUCGCUCGGUUUGCAGUGGAUGGCGAUCCAAGGACAUGUUUCAGGUCCCACACGGAAAACAAACCGUGGAUACUUGUGCAUCUUGGUGACUUACAACCUGUGUCUUUGGUUCGAAUUCAUUCUGCAAAGAGUCAGACUGGAAAAAGAAACAGCGGUCUGAAAGAUCUGGGCGUUUUCGUAGGAAACGUUAUUGGAAGGAAACAAUACUCAUAUCCCACUAAAUUUAGUCGUUUGGCUAUCGACGGAGAUACAGGCACAUGUUUUAAAGCCCAAAAUGGUAAACACCGGCACGCAUUCUGGUGGUUGAUCCUUGGGAAAAAUGUACGCGUGUCGCUUGUUUUUAUAUUAUUACACGCCACAUUUCAAUGGAAAGAUACGUCCAUUCAAAUUGAUGGCAAAGUAUGUACCGUUAUCAGAGCAUAUGGGGCAAGAAAAGGAAAUUACUUUGAAUGUGGUCAGCCAGUUACUGGAACUAGACUGCUGAUCACGUGGUCAACCGCCUUUAUACAAUAUAUACAGCUCUGUGAAGUGGAGGUUUUCCAAACGAAGAUAAUAAACCUAGCAGGAAAGCGUCCCACAAAGUCCUCGAAAAACGAAAAGGAGUCAUACAGAGGCAACGAUCAGAAGCUUGACAAACCUUUUUCCACUGGGGUCAGACCGCGCUCGAAAGAAAUACAAUGGUGGUCGGUUGAUUUAAUAGCAUUAUGCAAAAUCCAUCUGGUGCGUAUUUUGACUGCCUCAGGCUACAAACCGCAACACCUCAGAGGUUUAAAAAUUCUUAUUGAUUCUGGUGAAAAUGCUUUUGGGAGAGGACGUCGUGUAGCUAGACUGGAUUCUCCAACUGAAGAACCCGUUCAGACUAUAACUCUUUCAAAAAACGUCAAAGUAAGGUUUGUUACCCUUGCCCUUCAAAAUGGAGGUCUGGAACUUCAGUUCCGUGAAGUGGAAAUCUACAAUGGUCCCUUGCUAGCCACUGAUGAGUGUAAAAAACCUAAUAUUUGUCCAAGCAACUUGAGAUGCGUCAGCAGGAAGAAAUCCUACGCAUGUGUGUGCCCUGAUCGAUUCAGAAAAAUUGGACCAAACAAAUGCGAAGAGAUAAAGGAAUGCAUUCCCCCCUGUGCUGCAGAAAACUCCUUCUGUGAUAAAUACCCUGGGUCCUACAAAUGUAAGUGCCCACAUGGGUUUGAGCCAACGUUUGGUGAUAAAGGAAUUCUUCUUCGCUGUCAAGAUGUUAACGAAUGCGAAAAACCGAGGUUGAGCAGAUGUGGAAAUACAACAACGUGUGUCAAUGCACGAGGUUUUUACAACUGUACCUGUAGGAAUGGAUAUAACUUGGACAAGAAAGGGAUUCAAUUUCAAUGUAAAGAUAUAGACGAAUGCGCCAUAAAAGACUCUUGUCACGUGAACGCCUCGUGUUCUAACACCCCUGGUUCGUAUAAGUGCACGUGUUCCCAUGGAUUGGGUGGAGAUGGCUACAAGCCAUGCUUAAAACUACCUCGGUGCCCCAGCGGCCAGUGCAGAGAGAAUGCAGUUUGUAAAGAGUUUAAAGGCAUUAAGCUGUGUGAUUGCAAAGAAGGCUAUCAUUUCAACGGCAAGAUGUGUGUUGACACGAAUGAAUGCAAAUUGAACAAAGAUAUCUGUGGUUCAAACUCCGUUUGUUCAAACACUGCGGGAUCUUACCGCUGCAACUGUGAAGUUGGCUUCGAGAGUAAAAAGGACGAUGGAAAGAACUGUUACGAGGUAAAUGAAUGCGAGAAAAGGGAGAUAUGUGGUGAUACCGCAGUGUGUGAGGACAUUUUUGGAUCAUACAAAUGCAACUGCCCGGAUGGAUUUAGUUUCGAUAAAACACAAAAGAAAUGCGUGGAUAACGACGAAUGCACAAUUAGUCAUUCGUGCCCUUCCAACAUGAUUUGUACAAACACAUUUGGAUCCUAUUCCUGUAGCUGUCGGCAAGGAUAUCGUUCAGACAAAUUCUAUUGUGCAGAUAUUGAUGAAUGUGAGGAAGACAGAUAUGACUGCCCCAAGUUCUCAAGGUGUAAGAACCAAAAUGGCAGUUAUGAAUGUCCCUGUAAAGACGGUUAUCGAAAAGCACCAGAUGGAACUUGUUCAGAAAUUUGCUUUCCAGAGUGUGAAGAAAACUCAUAUUGUCAGGCAGGAAAGUGUCUGUGCAAGAGGGGCUUUUCUCUGGGCCCAGACCUAGCGUGUCAAGCAGCUUUUCUUGGGUCAUCAGGCGUUUCAAUUCAUUCUCGAGUUUUGUUCCUCCUAACUUCACUGCUGUGGUCCCUGGUCCUGAUGUGGUUCGCGGUUUUGCUUCAAUGAAAAAGAUCCUAAUUUUUGGCUCUGUUAUGUACUUUUUAUCUCAUAUGGAAAUUUCAGUGCACCCUAAAUAUGAUAAUAUUAGGAAAAUGAACUCCAGGAGACUACACUGAACUGGCACGAAAUCAUAACUAAACCUUCUAACUAUCUUGUUAAUGAGGACCUUGUCAAACCAUAAUUAAAUUUGUUGAUCUCAGCUUUCUGAAAAA